UAAAAUCCCAAUCCCCGCCAAAAAUAAACCCUCUUCGAUUGAUUUCGGAUUCUCUUCUUCCUCUUCCAACCUAACCUAAGUCCGGUCACCAGUGACUCCAGCCACCACCACCAGCGCCUAGCCGCCGACGCCAGGUUUGGUUUUUGGUUCAGGCUGGAAUUUCAUCUUUGCUUCAGGCUUUCAGUCCACCAAAUUCGGCCAAGAUACACACCUAGUUGUUCAGUAUUGCAGUUAUGUAUAUGGGGAAGAGUAGCAACGGGACCAGCUGCUGUGACACAGGGAGAAGUUAUUCUAGAAGGGGUCAUUCUGAAAAUCUGAAGCUCAGAAUCGAUGCCAAAUAAGGGUUAAUUUGCCACAACAUAGAAAAAGGUUCGUCCAGCCAAUUGCAGCUUUAGUACGCAUCCCUAAAGUAGUGAAAACCAAUGGGAAAACGAUACGGCAGAAAAAGAGGGCAUAUGAGACCUAAGACACCUGAGAAAACUAACACAAGCAAGGAUAUGAGGAAGAAUCAGCGUAUUGAAAAUAAUGUUGCUCAUAGCUCAUCACCAAGUUCCUCAGGAAAUUCCUCCGAGGAUCAUUGGAAGAGCACAACAUCUGAAAGCGUAUUAGUUUAUAAGGAACCUUCAGUGUAUGAUAACUUAUUAAUGACGUUGGGGUCGGGAAGUGAAUCUCUUGCCAAUGUGUAUAAGAGGAGAAAAAAAGAAGAAGAAGGUAGAAGUGAUACCGAGGAAGAUGAAGAUUAUGCUUUUGAAAUGUCUGGCGGGUCUGAAGAAGAGAAUAAUGGGUCUGAUGAUGACUCUGGUCAAAGUCAUGCCAUGCAAACUGAGAUACAGGAAUCUAUAAAUAUUGACCCUAUUGAGCAGAGUGAAGAAGAUGAAACAGUAGAUGAGGAUGAAGCCUCUGAUUCUGAUGAAGAGCACGAAUUGGAGCUCAAUGGUCAAACUGGUACUGAUGUAACAAAAAGCAUGAGCUCAUUUAAUCUUCACUUGGGGAACAAACUAUCAAAUUUAGAGGUUGUUGCAUUGACAAAAAAUAAGUGGAAAUUUGAAUGGGAGGUACCUGCCGUUGGCAUGUUGAUGUCAAAAUGGGUAGGGACAGGAAAAUGUUUCCUAAAGGAAGAUAAUGACAAUUGUGUUAGUGGAUUGAAGCAGAAGUUGUAUAAGCAUUGGUUGAAUGUUUAUAAAAUGUCCGGAGGCAUUAAUUUCAAUUCAUCCAAGCAAAAACUAUUCUUCUCAAUUUGCAACAGCUAUCGUGAUAUAUUACACUGUAACAAGAAGCCCUUUUAUCUCAAAGGCCUGGAAGAAGAUUCAAGUAUCAUGGAUGCAUAUAUUAUGCAUGCUCUGAACCACAUCUUUAGAACUAGAGAUAUUGUGGUAAAAAAUGAUGCAAAAUUAUCCAAGAAUCAAGAUGCUGUCAAGGAAGAAAUUCUUAGUGGUGAUAGAUUUCUUGAUCAUGGGUUUACUCGUCCUAAGGUUCUUAUCCUAUUACCACUUGCAAGUGUUGCAUACCGUGUCGUUAGGAGGUUAAUACAACUGACCCCUUCAUCAAAUAAAGUCAAUGUGGAGUAUAGUGAUCGUUUCUCUGAUGAAUUUGGUGCCGAAGCAGUACAGGAUGAUAAUGAUGAUGGCGAAAAUGAGAUAGCAAACAAUGUUCGAGAUAAUGAAAACUCAAACAUACAGAAGUCUUCUAAACCUUCAGAUUUUCAAGUCCUUUUUGGUGGGAACAACAAUGACCACUUUAUGAUGGGUAUCAAGUUUACUAGGAAAAGUAUAAAGAUGUAUAGUGACUUUUAUUCCUCAGACAUGAUUAUUGCUUCUCCUCUUGGACUAAUUACUAAAAUUGGGGAAGCUGAGGUUGAGAAGGAAAAGGAUGUUGAUUAUCUGUCUUCCAUAGAGGUACUGAUAAUUGAUCAUGCGGAUGUAAUAGCAAUGCAGAAUUGGUCUCAUGUAAAUUCUGUGGUUGAACAACUGAACUGCUUUCCAUCAAAGCAGCAUGGAAUUGAUGUCAUGCGCAUUAGACAUUGGUAUCUUGAUGGACACUCACGGUUCUAUAGACAAACCAUUGUUUUAGGGUCAUUUGUAAAUCCAGACCUAAAUGCACUUUUCAAUCGCCUUUGUGUAAAUUAUGAAGGAAAGGUGAAGUUGAUCUCUGAGUAUAAAGGUGUUCUUCCGAAAGUGUUGCUUCAAGUGCGGCAGAUUUAUGAGCGUUUUGAUGCAAGUUCAAUCAUUAAUGCUGAUGAUUCUCGGCUAGAUUAUUUUUCUAAAAAGGUGUUCCCUAAAAUAAAGGAUUCAGUUCAGGGUGGAAUUAUGAUUUUUAUCAGUUCGUACUUCGAGUUUGUUCGAAUUAGGAAUUUCUUGAAAUUGCAAAAUGCAUCCUUUUGUUUGCUUGACGAGUACACAAAGCAGAGUGAUAUAUCUCGUGCACGGGGUUGGUUUUUUCAAGGAACAAGGAAGAUCAUGCUCUAUACUGAGAGAGCACACUUCUAUCACAGAUACAAGAUUCGUGGCAUACAGAAUUUAAUUAUAUACUCUCUUCCAGAAAGGAAAGAAUUUUAUCCAGAGAUUGUUAAUAUGCUUGAAGGAUCGGAUAAUAUGGCUUGCACUGCACUGUUCUCUCGCUUCGAUCAGUAUAGGCUUGAGAGAAUUGUUGGAACCGCUUCUUCAAAAAAAAUGGUGUCAUCUGAGAAGAACGUUUUCCUUUUCUGUUAGAAGACUAUUUAAUGUGGUUGGACAGAAAUUACCAUUAUUUCACCCAUAAUUUGGAGGUGGCAAUCGAUUGAUGCUGGACAGUUCAAAUUGCAAAAUCCUCUCAUUUGUCAAAGCGAAGGUCCUCAUUGGCUGAACAUUACAAACAGAUUCAAUAUAGGAUGACAAGUUACAAGGGGGAUUCGGCUGGGACUGGGAGUCUGGUGAUCAAGAAAAUUUUGUAGUAGUCAUAUUCUGUUUUUGCAUGCAAGUUUUUGGCCUCAAUUAAUAUUUAUUGAUCAAUCCGUUAGGUAGCUAACCAUUACUGAGAACUUCUCAUGGUGGGGAUGCAACUGUAAUACCCUUACAGGAUCCAACAAGACGAUUCAAUCAUAAGAUAGAGAUUGUAUUUUCUAAG